AUACUGACAUAGAUAGAUACACACAUACAGAGACUGAGUCUUAUUCUAAUUUAUAACUUCUAACACAUAAAUGGAAGAAGCUCUAGUACUAGGAUUGCCAGAAGACUGUGUUGCAACAUGUCUGUUUCUUACUUCUCCAUCGGACGUCUGCAGAUCGUCGUUGGUUUCGACAACGUUCCGAUCAGCAUCCGAGUCCGAUGUUGUCUGGGAGAGGUUCUUGCCAUCUGAUUAUCAGACUAUUGUCUCACAGUCCUUAACUCCAUUGAAGUACUCUUCAAAGAAAGACCUUUUCUUCUCCCUCUCCAACUCUCUUCUCAUAGAUGGUGGCAAAAAGAGCUUCAAGUUAGACAAAUCUAGUGGUAAAAUAUCAUACACACUCUCUGCAAGGGAUCUUUCAAUAACUUGGAGCAGUGAAUCCAUGUAUUGGAGCUGGGUAGCCAUGCCUGAAUCAAGGUUUGCAGAAGUGGCUGUGCUUAGAACAAUGAGUUGGCUAGAAAUUAAGGGCAAAAUCUCAGCUCACAAGCUCUCCCCAAACACCAAAUAUGGUGCAUACCUCAUAUUCAAGAUCUCGGAUCGCGCUUAUGGUCUCGAUCUAAUACCAUCAGAGAUAUCAAUCCAAAUGGGUAAUGGUCAAGUUCAUAGAAACACAGCUUAUCUUCAAACAAUUCAAGAUGGCAAGAAACAACAAAUGCAGCAUUUGUUGUAUGGGAAUCGGAUCCAAAUGUUGAAGUCUAGAGUUUGUGAAGGAGAGGGAAGAGUCCCAAGUGAAAGAAAAGAUGGAUGGUUGGAGAUUGAGUUGGGAGAGUUUUUCUGUGGAAAUGGUGAUGGUGAAGAGGUGAAGAUGAGUUUGAUGGAAGUGAAGGGGCACCAUUUGAAAGGUGGACUCAUUGUUGAAGGCCUUGAGAUAAGGCCUAAAAACUAGUAACCCCAUAAAGGAAGAUGGGUUUGCUUUGUUUUAUUCUUCCAAUUCUUUAUUGUAUGUGAAGAUGUGUAGUCUUUUGGUUAAUAAAAAUGGUGUAUUGUUGAUUUUUUUUAUAUUGAAUUGCAAUACCCAGUCAUAGAAAAACAGAGCACUAAAAAGGGGAAGCCAAAACCAGAGAAGAAAAGUAGUUUGUAGAAUUGUGGGGAGCCAAAACUAUUGUGAUUAAUUAUGUUGA